AUGGCGAUGAUGAGGACUGGCCGUGUGCUGCUGGUGUGUGUCCUCUGCGUGCUGUGGUGCGGUGCCUGCGGUGGCUACGGUAGAUGUACGGUGGGCCACUGCGCUCUUGCUGAAUUGGACGACGCGAAGUUUGCAAAGGGAAUGGAUGGUGAAGUGGUGCUUAUGAAGAGGGACUGCGUGCCAACUACAGCCUUACGGGGAGUAGUGACGGCAGUACCGGCUGCUGGGGACAGCGAUGAGCUGGGUUCUCCGGAUGCUGGCGUUGGCACCAGCGGAAAGCAGAAAGUUGAUGCAGAAGAAUCAGCGGUUGUUUUUGCAGGGAGCGAACCGACGCCCGGCGGCUGUGGGGCCGUGUCAACGGCUUCAUCUCCUGCUUCUGCUGAUACAAUCGCCGCCAGCAGUACUCCUGUCUCGGGUGCUGGUGGUGCUGUUGGUCCCAAACAGCAGCCGGCAGUUGUCUCCGGCUUCCAAUACGAUUUUUCCUUUGGAGGACGUGAGGGAAAAGAAGGGGAGGAGGCAGGCUCAGCAGGCCGCGGCGAAGAGCCGUCAGUUUCGAGUGUGUGCUCUCAGCCGCCACUUGUUGCUGUGGAUUUGACAAUUUGCACCGUGGACCAGAACAAGGAACAAAACGACAAUGCGUCAUUUGACACCGAUCAUCAAAUGGCGACACAACACGAGGAAGGAGUACCACACGUGCCAGGGAAAAGAGCGAGCGUACAGACGCUUCCAGUACCAACGCCGGCAGGAGGACAACCAGGGCAUGCGACGCAGCCGUCCGAGGAAUUAGAAGAGCAUGCGACUGCACCCAACUCGGGUCCCACACGGGACGCAUUGAACGGCGACAGUCAAGAGCAAACACCGCAGCCUCAAACACCGACUGACAAUAAACAGAGUUUGCCCGUGUUGCAGGGAUUGUCAGAAGGUGUUCAGGAGAACCAGAAUAAUAUGGAAAAUAUAAGAAAAGGAAAUCAGGUGGAUUCGACUGGCAACACGCAAAAUAAAGAGCAUGACUCUGCAGCUGCAACACAUGAAUUAUUGACCGCUUCAAUCAACACCCGUCUUUCUGGAGCUCCGGGAAAUGAAUCCAAUACAACGUUGCUUUCUGGAACUUUGCGAUCGUCCACGGCUGGUACCGAAGAACAGGCAAAAGCAGGGUCAAUGCCCCUGCGACAGCCAAAACCACCGGAAGAAAAAUUAAUAUCCGAGGAAUUGCCGCCAACAGCAACAGAAGUAGAGGCACCAGGAGGUCCAUCAGCACCGCCACCGAAAUCACUUCCACAGAGCGCACUGCCAUCCUCAAAGAAAGUCCCAGAUACCACGCAGUCAACUGAAGAUCCGCAGUCAAAAGGCGUUGAGCCAACAACAGAUGCAAGGCAGAAUGCAAUAACUGAGGGUCAGGCUGAAACAACCUCACCAUCUUCUCCUGCGGAUGAUGCUGCCGCCAAUGACGCUGACGAAAGCAAUGCAGAGAUUGCAAACGAUGGUUCAGCAGUCAAUGCUGGGGUGCCGGAGGAAGAACCAAAUCAAGAACAAGUGGAUGGCAGCGAGAAACAAACAUCAUUUACAUCCACUGCCAAAAAACAUAAUGCAACGAUUGAAGACAGUGACAGCAGCACCGCGGUCUCCCACACCACCUCCCCUCUUUUGCCUCUUCUUCUUGUUGUUGUUGCGUGUGCGGCUGCGGCUGCGGUGGCGGCCGCGUGA